CGGUGCCCGGCCGCCGACUAAGCCCCCCUGCGGCGCCGCGGGCGGCGAGCCAUGGAGGAGACGGAAGCGAGCCUGUGGCACCAGUUCCCGUUGCUUCUGCCCCAGAACCGGGCGAAAACCGUGUAUGAAGGAUUCAUCACUGCCCAGGGAAGAGACUUCCAUCUUAAAAUAUUGUUGCCUGAAGAUUUGCAGCUGAAGAAUGCAAGAUUACUAUGUAGUUGGAAGCUGAGGACAAUACUUUGUGGAUACCAUCAAAUAAUACAACAAAGAAUGAAGCACUCUCCUGAUCUAAUAAGCUUUAUGAUGGAGUUGAAGAUGGUCUUGGAAGUUGCUUUAAAGAAUAAACAAGAAAUACAUUCACUGCCUCCUCCUCCCCAGUUCUACUCAAGCCUUAUUGAAGAAAUAGGAAUUCUUGGUUGGGAUAAACUUGUAUAUGUGGAUUCUUGCUUCAGUACCAUCAAGUUAAAAGCUGAAGAUGCUUCUGGUAGAGAGCAUCUAAUCACUCUCAAGUUGAAGGCAAAGUACCCUGCGGAAUCACCAGAUUGUUUUGUGGAUUUUCCUGUUUCAUUUUCUGUUUCUUGGACUCCACAGAGCUCCAUAAUAAGCAUUCAUAGUCAGUUUUUGGCAGCAUUGGAAUCACUAAAGUCAUUCUGGGAUGUUAUGGAUGAAAUCGAUGAGAAGACUUGGGUACUUGAACCAGAAAAACCUACACGGAGUGCAACAGCACGCAGAAUUGCAGUAGGGAAUAAUGCUUCCAUACAUAUAGAGGUGGACCCCAAGCACCCCACUAUGCUUCCCGAGUGCUGCUUCCUUGGAGCUGACCAUGUGGUGAAACCCCUGGGAAUUAAGCUGAGCAGAAACAUACAUUUGUGGGAUCCAGAAAAUACUCUAUUACAAAAUUUGAAAGAUGUUUUAGAAAUUGAUUUCCCAGCUCGUGCUAUCCUAGAAAAAUCUGAUUUUUCUAUGGAUUGUGGAAUUUGUUAUGCCUAUCAACUUGAUGGUGCCAUUCCUGAUCAAGUGUGUGAUUAUUCCCAGUGUGGACAGCCUUUCCAUCAAAUAUGCUUAUAUGAGUGGUUGAGAGGACUACAGACUAGUAGACAGAGUUUUAACAUUUUAUUUGGUGAAUGUCCAUAUUGUAGUAAGCCAAUUACCUUGAAAAUAUCUGGGAGGAAGUCCUAAAAUAAGAACGUAAUAUUUCUGUGAAGAACUGAAACUUUAAAAGCUAUCA